UCUCAAAAAAGCCUGGGGCAUAUCAACCUCCUCCUCCUCCUCCUCUGUAAUUGAAUAUAAGAAGAGAAUCACCUCCCAUUCUCACAAAUGCUUCAAAUGAAUUUCUAAAUGCAGAUUUUUUAACAGAGAGAGAGAGAGAGACGAGAGUACUGGAAAAAAGCAGAAACAGAAGGGGUUUUACAUUUGUAGAAGAGACAUCUAGAUAUACUCUAGAACUAGAAUACCCUGCUUCUCUUUUCUAUUGCUUCUCCGGCCUUAUCUCUCUCUACCGCUCUUUCGUUUCGUCUACUGGUCCUAAUCUCUCUGUUUUUGCAAAACCAAAGUUGGAGCCGAGGAGUUAUUAUUAUGAGUACUAAAGAGAAAGAGCGGAAGAUGUUCGUUGGUGUGGUUUGGAAUUGUGCUGCUGAGCUCAAAUUCCUCCUCACUGCUCUUCUCUUUCUCUGUUCUCUCAUCACCCUUCUUCACUUCCUCCCUUCUCGCUUUUAUUUCUCCCCUUCCGAUCUUGCCAACUCAUGUCUUUCUACUCCAGUUGAUCACUCUCUUUCCCACUUCAACGCUACUAAUUCCUCUGCUUUACCACCUCCACCUCCACCUCCGUCGUCCUUGGACAAAGACCGACUGCUUGAAAAUGGCGUCGUUAAGAGAGCUUUCAACCCAUUUGGCUCGGCUGCCUACAACUUCAUUCUAAUGUCUGCUUACAGAGGAGGUUAUAACACUUUUGCCGUAAUGGGUUUAGCUUCAAAGCCUCUCCACGUAUAUGGCAAACCCAGCUACCUAUGCGAGUGGGUCCCAUUUAAUAAAAACCAUAACUCCAUCUCUGUCACCGGUCACAAAAUCCUCCCUGACUGGGGCUACGGCAGGGUUUACACUGUCCUAGUCAUCAACUGCACUUUCCCCGUCCCCGUCGGCGACGACGGUGGAAAACUCCUCAUUCACGCCGCAACCAACGGCGGCGGCGAUACUAAAUUAAACACCACCGACACUUUUGAAGCCUUAACGGAAACGGGAGAGGAUUUUAUUAACUUUACUUCAACAUUCAAAAGCCCACCUAAAUAUGAUUUUCUAUAUUGUGGUUCGUCACUGUACGGGAACUUGAGCCCGCAGAGAGUACGAGAGUGGUUAGCUUUUCACGUGAGGCUGUUCGGUGAAAAAUCUCAUUUCGUAAUUCACGAUGCUGGGGGUGUACACGAGGGGGUAAUGGAGGUGUUAAAGCCAUGGAUGGAUAAAGGAUACGUGACAUUACAGGAUAUAAGGGAUCAAGAGAGAUUUGAUGGAUAUUAUCAUAAUCAGUUCCUUAUUGUGAAUGAUUGUUUGCAUAGGUAUAAGUUUCAAGCCAAAUGGAUGUUCUUCUUUGAUGUGGAUGAGUUCAUUUUUGUGCCUAAAAAGAGUACUAUUAAGUCUGUGGUUGAUUCGUUAGCGGAUUAUACGCAAUUCACCAUUGAGCAGAUGCCUAUGUCGAACAAGCUUUGUCUCUCUGAGGACCGCGGUAAAUCCUACAGAAAAUGGGGGUUCGAGAAGCUAGUGUACAAGGAUGUGAAGAGGGGAAUUAGGAGGGAUCGGAAAUAUGCAGUGCAACCUCGCAAUGUAAUAGCCACUGGUGUGCAUAUGUCUCAGAACACAGUAGGCAAGACAACACACAAGACAGAAGGGCGUAUCAAGUAUUUCCACUAUCACGGGACCAUUGCAGAGCGCCGGGAGCCAUGCCGACAGCUGGUCAACGCCACGUCGAUCACGGUUGACGGUACCCCUUAUAUUGUGGAUACCACAAUGAGGGAUAUUGCUGCAACUGUAAAGAGAUUCGAACUCAAGAUGAUCGGCUCUACAUUACAAAGAACGCGGCAAUGAGAGGUCAACAUUGCCGCUGCUUUCUUUCAUUUUACAUGUGUUAUUACUUUUAAUUUUCUUUUGGUUAGAACUAUAUAUUCUUCUCUCGUUCAUUUCUGUAUGAUAAAAUUUUCUUUUUUACUUUGAAAUAGAAAUAGAGAGGGUAUAGAAACAACAGAGACAGGCAUUAGCAUAUGAUUUGGUAUUAUAUUGUAGGACUACAGGGUGUUUUGUAUUCUUUUGUCUCUAAUUAUAAUAACACUGUUUUAUUCGCCCUCAUU